AUGUCGCUCCCCUUCAACGCCCCCAAAGCGCAGUCAGGCAAGAUCAUCCUCGUCGUAAGUCUGGGCUGAGACUGCUGUACCCUCAUGUGCUGGCGCUGCAUUGUCUCGGGCCGAACACGUGGGUCUGGCCUGCGAACUGGCGAUUGUGGUGGGGCACAUGCGGCCGGGGCGCGAUUUCGAAACACCGAAACGAGACAUCGAUCAAUGGCCUGACCCCUAAUGAAGCGACCACUAAUAACAACCCAUCUGACUGGAUUGCUCAGGCCAAUGUCCUCGCCAAGGGUGAGUCGAGACGUGUACUGCGAGAGCUCGUCGUCAGCCAGGCGAGGUCGCUGAUCGCCGUGCACUCAUCGAUGCAUCCUCCUUCAAGACGGCAGGGGGGAUGAGGUCCAAGCGGCUUUGGUCAAGGUGCGAGCAGCGGCCGAAGCGAGUGCCGAGAAGGACACCCAUACCUACAGGACCACCAGGUCCGAGGAGGACCCCCGUACGUUGGUGGAACGGUCUCUUCCGGACAAUCGGUCGGGCUCGCCUGGGAGCUGAGCUGACUUUUCGGCCUUCCGAUGUUUCAAUGCGCACUAGACAAGUUCCUCGUCUUUGAGGAGUACACUUUGCCCAAUGGUAUCGUCGACCAUGGUGAGCGCUCGGUUGAGAGAACUCCUAAAUGUCCCAUUGCACGAUCACUGACGUCGGCCCAUUCAUCGGCGAAAACUUGAUUGACGGGUGCAGUGGCCGGCGAUACUUUCCAAGCGCUCGCAGCGGCUGGAAUCAUCGCCGAUCUUGACAUCAAGUACUUCUACGAGUUCAAGUAA